CAUCUUCUUCUCCGGCGAAGGUAAUAGCGAGGACAGAGCAGAGUUGCUAGAACUUCAACUGCUGCUUCUCCGAGGGAUACUUGCCAUUGAAGGAACAAUGUCAUCAACUAGAGAAAACAUUGAGCUUCAAGAUGCAGCCACUAUUGCUGCAAAGUCAACUUCAAAUAGGCCUCCACAGCCUAGGCCAAAUGUUAAGUCCGAGAUGUGGCAACAUUUUGAGAACAUUGUUAGCAAGAGAACCAACAAGAUUGAGCGGAAAAGUGCGUGUAUUGUGAUAAGAUCUUGUUGUAUAAUGUGGCUAAUGGCACUUCUUCGACACACAAGCAUCUCACAAGUUGCAAGAAGUUUCCUUACAAUGUGGACAGUUUGCAGAUACUUCUCGUCUUUCAAGACCACACAAAAGGAUGGAGAGCAAAGAAGUGAGGUUAAUACUUGGAGAUUUAAUCAAGAGGAGUGUAGGCAGUUGCUUGCUGAAAUGUUAAUCACUAUAGAAGAUCCUUUCACAAAGGUUGAGUAUCUAUCGUUUAAAAAAUUUCUGGGUGCAAUACGUUAUGGAAGAAUGCUUCCCGUUUCACAAUGGCAAGGGAUUUUUCAAAGAUCUACAAUUGUGAGAAAGUUUCACUCAAGAACAAGUUGUGGUAUUUGAAGUCCAAAACUGCCUUGACAACUGUUGUAGAUAAUCAUGCAAAAUCUUACAGAUAUUGCAUGAUUAAGUAAAUAAAUUUAUAAUAGGAUAUUAGGAUUGUAAUCAAUACAUAAUA